UCGGCAUCCUCAAGACGGCAUCAGCGCAGGAACGAACGUUGAGGCAUGCAGCGCGCGCGCGGAAACAGACAAGCGAACCGUCAACGAAAACAGUCUGACAACAUUGUAACAUUGCCACAACAUGCGUGGUUUUGGCAAGAUAACUCGCGAGUGUCUGCGUAACAAUUGACAAUGGAAGAAUCGUUUAUCUCUGAAAAGAUCUUGAAGUUUGAAACAUUUGUCAACGAUGUUUUGAAAGGGGAUUUAAGGAGACACGAAAAUCAUUUGGAUCAAGUCAACAGAGAAAUAGCUGAGUAUGUUGAACUGAGAAGUAUGAUCACCACUAUAGAGGAAGCUGACUUUGGCCCAGAUGGAUUUAAGACAAAAGUUGAUGUAGGUUGUAAUUUUUAUAUGCAAGCAAAUGUAGUACAACCCAACAAACUUUUUGUUGACAUUGGACUUGGUAAUUAUGUCGAGCUAACAACUAAAGAAGCCCUGAAAUUUUGUGAAAUGAGGAUAUCUCUAUUGACUAACAAAGUGAAAGUUAUUCAGAGAGAAUGUGCCAAAACAAAAGGCCAUAUUAAACUGGUAUUGCAUGGAAUAUGUGAACUAAGUAAUCUUCCUUCAAAUAUAAACAAAUAAGUACAA